AUGGAGUCACAAGAAUCAACCUUUCCAGGUGACAAGAGGCCUGGAACCACUGAUGUUGAGAACAAGCCUAACAAGAAGGCUAAAACUCGGAAAGGCUUAAACUUUAGAGAGAUAAUGGCCUUUCCUCAUAAUGAUAUCACUGCCAUCAGUGGGAAAGUACAGUCUUGGAUAAGGCUUUACAAAAAUGAUCAUCGUGAUGCUGCUCGGGUUGAACUCUUCAAUCUCAUACUUGAGGCAUGUGGACUGGAAUUUCCUAAGAUUAAUGACAAAGGGCUGGUCAAGUGGUAUCCCAUCAACAAGAAGAAUUUGCAAAGAUAUCAUAUUGAGGAUGUUCGUUGUGAUAUGAUCCGGUUCAUUGAAAGUGGGGUGGUUAGAGACUAUGACACCCUACAAAAUGAGUUCCCACAUAUCAAGGUUCAUCUCCAAAAUUUUUGCCAUAAUUUGGUCAUGUGGUCUCACAAUGAGCCACUUUUUUUUGACACCAUGAAGGACUGUCUGGAUUGUUUUACCACAUUUUCAUGCCAUCUCCCAAGCGGAUACAACAAAACUGCUAUUUGGAUGGCUCUCCAAACAGUCAGUUCUUUGUUAGCUAUAGCCACAAAUCUACGUGGUAAAGGGAAGAUUGAUCAAGACUUGAAUGAUUUGGAACAGAUGGUGAUUCAGUAUUAUCAGGGGUUCUUUCUUCGGGUCUAUAAAGACAAUGACCAGGAAAUUCGGCGCUCAUGCUUAAAGGAAUUAAAGAUGUGGACCAGAACAUACCCAUCGAUCUUCUUGAAGCAAGCAUACCAGGAAUGCCUUCAAGAUAGCCAAAAAUUAGCAGAUCAGGAUGCCAAUUAGAAAUAGCAUAGUCAGAUGAUCAAUGAGAUCAAUACUUUUGUGAAUGUGUAUGCCAUUUGGCCUUUUGAAAACCUUUAGAGGUAACUGCAUAUC